UCCCCCAUCGAUGGUCAAAGUAUUCAGCUUCAGCUAUAAACCUUUGAUGAUUUUGAAUCACCAAUGGUCGAUGGCCAUCCCUAUUCCAACUUUACAGUGCCAGUAGUCUUUGCAUUGUAUAGCGAAGAGUGAGGCCACUAUGACACAAUUGCCAAGUUCCAGCAUUAAUGAUGUUGACUGAGGACGUAAAACCAGUACGUGGCACGGCCUUCUGCAUGAAGGCUGAUGGAUCUUUGGUAUAGAUGGAUUUAAUUAAUUGGAAAUCACUUGUGGAAUACCGACAUGCUGUGUAGAAUUGCAAAUUAAUAGUUUGCUCGUUAAACCUCUUCAUUUGCAGCCCGGCAUUUGUGCGCUCUGUGUGUAAACCACAGAUUUGCGGAUUUAGGCUAUGUUAAUCUAAAUUACCUGCACGGUACAUAGGAUUCGCAGUGCACAGAACACACCGGCUGCAGUGGCAGCGUUUGUGGCUCCCAGCCAGUUCCCCAGCAAUAUUAAUGAACGUCAUGUCAGAUUAUCUGCUCAGCAAAAGAUUUGUAUUUAGCCAGGAUUUAAAAUGACCAAAGCUCGCAGGUUAAAGUUACUGCUUGGUACCUAGAAAAAAUAUAUAUUUUCUUGAUAUAACUUUUAUUAUAUUUUAAUUUUACUAAAUUUAAAAGCAUUACUAAAUUUAAAAGCAUUGUCCAUUUGUUUUAUAUUUUUGAAUGUCAGAUAAAGGGUCAAAGAUAUUUUCCAAAUACUAUGUGUUGAUGCACGCAGUACUUGAACUAUAAGAUAUAUUAUUUAUUAUAACCUUUAUUUUAUUUACUUAUUUUCUUAUUAAUGGUACACGUGUUAAGGUCAAUAAGAGUCUUUCAGCUACAAAAUAUAACAAAUAUAAGUUAAAUUAGACAAUAAAAAAAACUCAGACGUUAAACUACUGCAAAGUGGGAGGAGAAAAUUGCUUUAUAAAAUAAUUAGAUUUGAUCAUGAAGAGCGCCAGUUGUAAUGAGAGCACUAACGGAGAAGAGGAAGAUAGUAGCAUCCAGCCGAUCCUCCCUGUCCUCCUGCCGAGGGGCCGAAAACUAAUUCUUCAUCUAGAUUUGAAUAACACCAUCCUGGUAUCUGAUGCUGCUACCGGUCAAGGGCUGAAGGCAGCUCUAAACUCCUACCUGUGCACCGUAGCCUGGGGACAGAUUAGUGAUGCAGGUGACUGGCAAUGGCUUAGCCAUGAACCUUCCGUGGGACCUCCGUGCGAUGAUGCCAUCAACUACUAUACUCACUUUGGUCGUAAUUGGAACUUUGUUGACACGGAGAUAGGACAACCAUUCAGAGAGCUCUUUAAUCACCACAUUAAGCUGCUGGAGUGGCAAGGAGAAGCUGACCGGCUGUUUGCAGAGGAAGAGGAUGGGAAGUGCUAUCACUGGAUCCUUCCCUCUUUCUUCCACCUGUUACAAAGUCUUCACCAACAAGGGCGGCAGUUUUCUGUGGUCCUGAGGACCUUUGGCACUGACCUUCCUCGGGUGCUAGAGUCUGUUCAUGCUGCCUUUAGUGGAAAACACCCACUUUUUCCCAAGCUCCACCAAGUGCCGCUCAAUGUAGAUCUCACUCGGGGGAGAAUACGCUGCAACAAGAGAGAGGUUGUGCUGACCCGCGGCUCUGACCGCAUAUCUACCAAAGCAAAGGAGAGAAAUGUAUACAACUAUUUCAGCAGCAUGGCUGGGAUAGGGGGGUUCCAGGAUCACUUCGACUGGUGGGCUAGAAAUAACUUCACCAGCUCAGGGGGGAAGCCGUUCUGGAUUGACCCCAGUGACUGUGAAAGUCAGCAUAUCAUCGUAGAUGACAAUAUCCGGUUGGGCGAAGCUGACACAAUUGUUGACUGUAGGGUACUUCUGGAAAAGGGGUCCAGGAAGGUCCCCACGUCCGAACUGUAUGACGUCUGCCUGGUGCAGACGGAUCUCCUCAGAGCUAUAGCCGAGAAGGAUUACUUCCUGGACUGUAUCACAAGGUGUGAGGGAAACUAUGAACGUUACCUCCAGAACUUUAACGUGGAAUAGUCCGAGGUGGCACUGAAAACUUAUUUUCUUAUUUAUAUCAAUAAGAACGGAUGUAUUUGUUUAUAUAGGGGUCUAUUCAUGAAGCAGUGAAAAGACUGGAGAAGUGGGCCAGUGGAGAAGUUGCCCAUGGCAACCAAUCAGCUGCUACGUAUAAUUUUAUAGUAUGCACCUGAUAAAUGUUACCUCAGCGCUGAUUGGUUACCAUGGGCAGCUUCUCCGCUGGCUCACUUCUCCACUCUGUUCACUGCUUCAUGAAUAGACCCCUUAGCUUAGGGGGAGAUGUACUAAGCAGUGAUAAAAGCGGAGAAGUGAGCCAGUGGAGAAGUUGCCCAUGGCAACCGAUUAGCAUUGACGUAACAUUUAUAAUUUGCAAACUAUAAAAGUAUACAGAGCAGCUGAUUGGUUGCCAUGGGCAACUUCUCCACUGGCUCACUUCUCCACUCUUUUCACUGCUUAGUACAUCUCCCCCUUAAGUCUGUUACUCACACUCCUGUUACUGAUAACAUAUGACCACUCUUGUAUAUCACGUAUUACCACUCUCUCAGGGAGUACUGCCGGUUACUUGAAGGGUCACUGAAAAUAUAAGAGGCUUAGUUUUAUUGUUACAUUUAUUUGAGGCAAAUAAGACACUUUAUACUCCUAUAUUUGUAACAUUUUGCUGAAACAGUUGUAAAAAUGUAUCUUAAUUGCCUCUUACUUGUUCCUAGACCUCAUAAUGUGUGGCUUUAUAUGAUUGUUUUACUUGCAAACCUUGGAAUAUGUUAUACAUUAUUAAUUUUACAUAAAACAGUGAAACGGUUCUGCUUUUAUUCUACAAGAUAUUUGCUACUAGUUUAGCGCUAUAUGCCCAGGGCGAACGGCAUAAAUUGGGGCACACAACAUUUAAGUUGGCUGUGUUAAAUAAGGACUUGGCAUAGAAUUAAUAAUGCAGCGUGACAUUGCUCUCCACCCAACUGGCAAGAACAGAGCGAGCUCGGAGUAUGGGACCCCCGCCUUUAUUUUCAGGUAUUCAGUCUCCUGGUGUCUGAUCAAUGGGUUAUUUUCUAACCAGGUGACAAAUGUUACGUUGAAGCUCCUUUUACAUUGAUAGGUCUGAUCGGAAAGCGCUCAAGGGUCAAAGUGCUUGGAUUUCAUAAGUCACCAUCUCUUUCAGUGGGAGAAUAAACCAUUAAUGGGGGUCGGGAGGGGGAGGACUGUCUUAUAGAUGGUGUCUGAGCUCCAUCCUUCAUGAGGAAUACAACAGUGUCAGAGUGGACUGGCUGAGACAUUUCUGUCUGCGGAUUCUGCAGUGUGUGUAUGAGUACGUUUACCAAUAAAUGAUAUUUCACCUCUU